AUCAGCUUAACAAUUGAGGGUUUACUAUCAAAUUGCACAAUUGAAUUGCAUAACAAAAUACCUAAGAUUAUACUUUCUGUUACACAUUGGCUAAUUGUUGAAAAUGUUUCGUCCAUCCAUUUUAAGAACCUCCUUCGCUAGCAGACCGGCAUUUUCUCCCACUUUAAAUCUAUUUAAGAGAAACAACGCUACUUUUGCUAAGUUAACCCUUAUUGGAUAUGUUGGUAAUGAUUUGGAGCCAGAGACUUUGGAAAAUGACAAACAGGUCUUAAGAUACUCUAUUGCUGUUAAUCCACUUAGAAAUAGAAACAAAGAAGAUCAACCUCCAAGAUGGUUUAGAGUUGAAUGCUGGAAUGAAAGAUCGUUUGAUUUCAUGACCAAAUAUUGCCCAAAAGGUUCUUUGGUUUAUGUUGAAUGUCAACCAGUUCCUCAAGUGUACGAGAAAGAAGAUGGCACAAAAGCAUAUAGUAUAAAAUUCUACCAAGAUACUUUUAAAAUCCUCAAAUCUAAGGGACAAGAGGAGAGUUCUGAGUAGAUUUUAAACCUCUUUAUUUUGCUCUGGGUUUUUUUUUCAACUACUAAACUAAAUUAUAUUUAUUUCUUAUAUAUUGUUUGAGUAUUACUUUAUUUUUUAAGCUCGCUUUUUCUCUAUAUAUAAAGAAAUUUUUUACUUGCAAAUAGUACUCUAAUUUCACAGACAAUUGACAGUCUUAAUUGUAUUCGAGCGUUAUUUCACAAAGCUGUGGCA